AUGACAGUGGAUUUUGAGGUUGAUGAUGAUGAUGUCAAUGGUGAGGUACUACUAAACUCCACAGAGCUUGAGAUAGAAAGCCGAAAAGGCAAUGAAGAUGACAAUGACAAUGACAUGGUAGGAUGUUCCCUUGAAGGUGUAUUAUUUCACAACAACCAUGACAUAAAAAUCGAUCAAGAUGAACCCGAAAGAGGCAUAAUCCCACUAGAUGGGUCCCACAAUGUUAACAUUGAAGAACCAUAUAUUGGUCAAGAGUUUGAAUCUGAAGCAUCUGCACAUGCAUUCUACAAUGCAUAUGCAACCAAAGUUGGAUUUGUUAUCCGUGUAAGCAAGCUUUCAAGAUCAAGGCGUGAUGGAACAGCUAUAGGAAGAGCUCUUGUUUGUAACAAAGAAGGGUUUCGGAUGCCAGAUAAGCGUGAAAAAAUAGUAAGACAAAGGGUGGAAACACGAGUUGGUUGUAGAGCAAUGGUUUUAGUUAGGAAAGUAAGCUCUGGAAAAUGGGUGAUUACAAAAUUCGUAAAAGAGCAUACUCAUCCAUUAACACCUGGAAAAGGGAGAAGGGAUUUGAUUUAUGACCAAUAUCCGAAUGAGCAUGAUAAGAUCAGGGAACUAUCACAACAGCUAGCAAUUGAGAAAAGAAGAUCAGCAACCUACAAAAGACAUUUGGAAAUGGUUUUUGAGCACAUUGAGGAACACAAUCAGUCGUUGUCAAAAAAGAUUCAAGAGAUUGUAAACAACGAAUGUUUAGAUGGUGUUGCUUCUUGA